CUCAGGGCCGUCCCUGACGCUCAGUGUUCACACUCGGGGCCGUCCCUCAUGCUCAGAGCCCUCCCUCACGCUCGGUGUUCACACUCGGGGCCCUCCCACACUCUCGGUGUUCACACUCGGGGCCCUCCCUCACUCACCGGCGACGGGUAAAACCCAGGCUCCGCCCUCGCUCCCUGUGGGCGGUUGGAGAAGCGGAGGCUGUCCCUUUGCUCGGUUUCCGGGAGACAGUUUAGGCGGAACCGGGGCCUGGGGCCUGGAGCCUGAGCGGCGAUGCGGACCCGGGAGGCGCUCGCGAGCGCCGCCAAAUUAACAUCUUACAGCGCGGGCCUACAGGUGCUGUUUCGACUGCUCAGCUUUCUGUUGAAUGCAUACACCCUGAGGUACGUUUCAAAGGAAACCAUUGGCGUUGUUAACGUGAGGCUCACACUGCUGUAUUCUACAGUUGUUUUCCUUGCACGAGAAGCUUUUCGGAAAGCAUGCUUGAACGUUGAUAAGGAACAGAAAUGGGCCCAGGUUAUAAACCUGCUCUGGUUAACUGUUCCACUUGGAGUGCUCUGGUCUUUACUUUUGGGCUGGGUCUGGCUUCAUUUGGUAACAACCCCAGACCCAGCUGUGAUACCUCAUUAUGAAUUUGGCGUGGUGGCAUUCAGUCUCUCAGCCGUAGUAGAACUCCUCUCUGAGCCAUUAUGGAUCUUGGCACAGGUGCAUAUGUUGGUGAGGCUGAAGGUGAUUGCUGAGAGUCUCGCCAUUGUUGUAAAGUGUGUGCUGACUGUUCUGUGUGUCACAAUCGUACCACACUGGGGUCUCAACAUAUUCUCUAUGGCUCAGUUGCUGUACUCGGGUUGCCUCCUUACUUGUUACAUCCUGUAUUUUAUGAAGUAUAUUGGUUCACAGGAAGCACAAAGGAGAUCCUUCCCUCUCUCCACAGUAAGCGACAUAUUGCCUAAGUAUCACUGUCACCAGCCUAUCAUUGAUCUGAGACUGGCUGUUCUUACUUGGACCUUCUACAAACAAUCUUUUCUGAAGCAGGUGCUGACAGAAGGUGAGCGAUAUGUCAUGACCUUUCUAAAUGUGUUAAAUUUUGGAGAUCAAGGUGUGUAUGACAUUGUCAAUAAUCUGGGAUCGCUGGUGGCCAGAUUCCUCUUCCUUCCCAUUGAGGAAAGUUUCUAUGUUUUCUUUGUCAAAGUACUUGAGCGAGGAAAGGACAUUGGACACCAGAAACAGGAGGAUGUUUCUAUGGCAGCUGCUGUUCUGGAGAUGCUUAUGAAGCUGGUGAUGUUGAUUGGACUGACCAUCGCAGUGUUUGGAUAUUCAUACUCUCAUCUGGCACUGAAUGUGUAUGGUGGAUCGAUGCUGAGUUCGGGCCCAGGUCCAACUCUUCUGCGUUAUUACAGUGUCUAUGUACUGCUGCUGGCUAUAAAUGGAGUUACCGAAUGUUUCACGUUUGCUGCAAUGAGUAAGCAAGAAGUUGACAGGUAUAACAUUUUGAUGCUGGCUCUGUCGCUUACAUUUCUUGGCCUUUCCUAUUGUUUGACAUGGUGGCAAGGAGGUGUUGGAUUUAUUUUAGCAAACUGCCUGAACAUGGGACUUCGAAUUGCCCACAGCCUUCGAUAUAUCAGCCAUUACUUCAAGCAUAGCAAGAGACAGCCCCUCAGGGGCCUCCUGCUCCCGGUGCCUUUACUGCUAGCCUAUCUUCUCAGUGGCACAGUGACGGCACUUUCGCAGGCCUCUUGGAGUAAGCAGUGUCUCAUGUCCCAGUUGAUCCAUGUUCUGGUUGGGGCCUUGUGUUUCACCAUCACCAUUGUCACAAUCUUCUUCACUGAGCCCAGACUUGUCCAGUUUGUUAGAACUUAUUUCCUUUCCCAGAACAAGAAAGAGCUGUAGAAUUGGGAAUGAAACUAGCAGAUUGGUGAUUCCAAAGACAAGAGACAUCAACACCAGAGGUCCUCGCGGGUGAUGGAUGAAAAUUUCACAUUUUAAUUGUUAUAAAAUCACAGAAACUCAAAGUAGUUAUGGAAUCAUCAGUUCCUAAUGUGUGGGAUUUCACCAGAGACUGGUGAUGUUUGCUUAUCAAUUGGAAUAUUUGAUUGGCAGUGCAGUUCGAUACAAGUGAGGGUAUUCAGAGAAUGAUUGCAUAUGGAUGGAAUUGAUGGCAAUUGGUCACUGAUUGCAUACCAUUCAGGGUUUUAGCUCCAAUGACAAACAAGCCUGCUGCACUUUGUUUAUUGGAUAAAUCUAGUUUGAGUUCUGUUUAUCACUUAACAGCCUCCUCUUCAUACUUCAUGUUUACGCAGUACAGAUAACUGGUAUAUAGGGGAGGUGGGAGUUAAUGACAUGUAUUGGAUAAACUGCAGAAUUGGGCUGAAAGGUGGCAAAUGGACUUUAAUACGGAUAAAUGUGAGGUGAUUCACUUUGGGAGGAAUAAUAGUGAGGCAGAAUACUGGGUCAAUAAAAAGAUUCUUGGUAAUGUGGAUGUGCAGGGGGAUCUUGGUGUCCAUAUACGUAGAUUCAUGAAAGUUGCCACCCAGGUUGAUAGUGCUGUUAAGAAGGCUUACGGUGUGUUGGAUUUUAUUGGUAGAGGGAUUAAGUUGCGGAGCCGUGAUGUCAUGCUGCAACUGUACAAAACGCUAGUGCGGCCUCACUUGGAAUAUUGCGUGCAGUUCUGGUCGCCCCAUUACAGGAAGGAUGUGGAAGCAUUGGAGAAGGUGCAGAGGAGAUUUACCAGGAUGUUGCCUGGUCUGGAGCGAAGGUCUUAUGAGGAAAGGCUGAGGGACUUGGGUCUGUUCUCAUUGGAGAGAAGGAGGUUAAGAGGGGAUUUAAUAAAGACAUUCAAGAUGAUCAGAAGAUUAGAUAGGGUGGAUAGUGAGAGUAUUUUUCUGAGGAUAGUGACUUCAGCUUGUACAAGGGGGUAUAGCUACAAGUUGAGGGGUGAUAGAUUUAAAACAGAUGUCAGAGGCAGGUUCUUUACUCAGAGAGUGGUAAGGGCGUGGAACGUCCUGCCUGCCAAUGUAGUUAACUCAGCCACAUUAGGGGCACUUAAACAGUCCUUGGAUAAGCAUAUGGAUAAUGAUGGGAUAGUGUAGGGGAGGGGCUUAGAUUAGUUCACAGGUCGGCGCAACGUCGAGGGCCGAAGCGCCUGUUCUGCGCUGUAUUGUUCUAUGUUCUAUAUGUUCUAUUCCCCAUGUAUUGUUAGAAUGGAAUGUAAAAUCAGCAACUGAAGUUCAACACAGACAAAUGUGCAUUUUGAUGGGAGGAAUCAGGAAGUCAUUUAUUACAGGGAGGUGUGGAACUGGUUGGAGUAAAGGAGCAAAGGGAUCCCAGAUACAAAUACACUGAACACUAAAAAAUGUAUUGCAGGCAUUGGAUGCUGCAUCCAGGAGGAUAAAUUCAAAAUUCGAGAACUUAUAUUAAACCUGUACUAAAGCAUGGUUAGACCACAUGAGUACUGUACGAGUAAUAAUCGGGUAAUUAUACUGAGGAAUUUCAACUUUGCCAACAUAAUUUGGGUAGUCAUAGCAUUAGAGGGGUCAAUGGAGUCUUUGUAUCCAUAUGUAGAAGGCCCAACAAGGGAUGCUGGAUCUGAUUCUGAGGAAAAAAAUGCUGGUGAAGGGUUCCAUGUGGCAAAUAGGGAAACAUUUAAAUGAUAGUGACCACAACACAGUACAGUUCAAAUCUGUUCUGGACAAGGAAGAAAAUGGCGUGCAAAAUAUGGCAGUAGAUUUCAUUAAAAUAAAGCAGGAUCUGGCCAGAGUAGACCAGAAACAGCUCCUUGUGGAUAAAUUUGCACAGACCAAUGGGGGUCAUUCAAAAAGAAGCUGGGGAGAGUACAGGUCCAAUAUGUAUCCUUUUCAGGGAAAUGUAGGAGCAAUAAGUUCAGAGAAUCCUGGAUGCAUAGGACAAUACAGGACUGGAUAAAGAGGAAGUAUAGGGCUUUUAGCAAGUCCAAAGGGAGCAAUUCAGCUGCAGCCAUAGUGCAGGGGGGAACUGAAGAAAGCAAUUAGAAGAGCAAUAAGGGGGCAUGAGAAAGAACUUGCGAACAAGAUUAGGGAGAAACCCAAGAUGAUUUAUAAAUAGAUUCAAGGGAUGAGGUUAACCGGGUAAAGAGUAGGGUCAUUAGGGACCAAGGGAGUAAUCUAUGUGUGAAGCCACAGGAUAUUAGAAGUGAUUUAAAUGAAUACUUCUGUUCAGUCUUCACUCUAGAAAAGGAGAACAUAGGUAUGGAAUUCAGGAAUAGGGGCUGUGAGGAAGUUGCAUAGUUUGACAUAGGAAAUGGGGAAGUAUUGGAGAUUGUGAUGGGCUUAAAAACAGGCCGAUCCCUCUGGCCCAGAUGAACUCCAUCCCAGGCUGCUGAGGCAAGAAUUUGCAGGGAAUCUGACACAAAUUUUUAAUUUUGCUUUGGCCACAGGGGAGGUGCCAGAGGACUGAGGAUGGCUAACGUGGUUCCACUUUUCAAGAGGUGUGGUAGAGAUGAACCAAGAAAUUACAGAACAGUGAGUCUCACGUCAGGAAAGUAUUGGAGAAAAUUUUGAAGGACUGAAUUAAUAUGCACUUGGAAAGGCCUGGGUUAAUUAAGGUUAAUUGGUAUGGCUUUGUCAGAGGGACGUCACGCCUAAUAAAUCUGUUAGAAUUGUUUGAAAAUAUGAUCAAGCGUGUGGAUCAGGGAUGUUCAGUUGAUAUAUUUCGUACGGAUUUUAGCAAAGCUUUUGACAAGGUCCCAAACGGGAGACUGAUUGAGAAGGUUAAAGCACAUGGAAUUGACGGUACAUCGGCAAGAUGGAUCAGAAACUGGCUUAGCAAUAAAGCAUAAAAGGUAGUGGUAAAAAGCUGUUUGAGUGCCGGUGUCCAGCGGUGUACCACAACAGUCAGUACCAGGAUCCUUAUCUGGUUCUAAGGAAAAAAUGUUGGACAAGUGUUCGAUGUGGCAGUGGGGGAACAUUUAAACGUUAGCGACCACAACACACUACAAUUCAAAUUUGUUCUGGACAAUAAAGAAGUUGGCCUGCAAAGGAUUGCUUUAGAUAGAGGAAAGUAGAUUUCAUUAAAGUAAAGCAGGAUCUGACCACAGUAAACUAGGAACAGCUCUUUGUGGAUAAGUUUGCACAGAGCAAUCUAAAUGAUACAGAUGAAAAUGUGGGGGGCAUGUUGAGCAAGUUUACACAUGACACCAAGAUUGGUAGAGUAGCUAACAGCAAAGAAAAUGGUUGUAGGUUACAGGAAGAUAUAGAUGAGUUGGUCAGAUGGGCAGAACAGUGGCAGAUGGUAUUUAACCCUGAUAAGUGCGAGGUGAUGCAUUUUGAAAGAAGAAACAAGUUGAGAGAGUAUUUAAUGAAUGGCAGGACAGUGGGUAGCUUAGAGGAACAGAGGGAUCUUGGGGUAAUAAUUCACAGAUCCUUGAAGUUGGCAGAGCAUGCGAAUAGGAUAGUUAAGAAGGCACGUAGGACACUUGCUUUUAUCAGUCAUGGCAUUAGAGUUUAAGAGCAAGGAAAUAAUGUUGGUAUUGUACAGAGUAUUAGGCCACAGCUGGAGUACUGUAUACAGUUCUGGUCACCUCAGUACAGGUAGGACGUGAUAGAAGUGGAGUGGGUAUGGAGGAGGCUCAUCCAUGAUGAUGGACAAAUGAGCUAAGGGUCUAGGCCCGAAACGUCAGCUUUUGUGCUCCUGAGAUGCUGCUUGGCCAGCUGUGUUCAUCCAGCUCCACACUUUGUCAUCUUGGAUUCUCCAACGUCUGCAGUUCCCAUUAUCUCUGUAAGGAGAGACUAGAUAGGAUUGGAUUGUUCUUAUUAGAGCAGAGAAGACUGAUGGGGGGGGGGGCGGCGUCAUGUUAGGGGUUUAUAAAAUUAUGAAGGGUAUGGACAGGGUAAAUAGGGAGCAAAUGUUCCCAUGAUUGAAGAGUCAGUCGCACCAGGACAUAGCUUUAGGGUAAGGGGCAGGAAAUUCAAAGGGGAUUUGGGGUAAAAAAGCAUUUUCACUGAGCGGGUGAUGGGAAUCUGGAAUGCACUGCCUGGGAAGGUAGUGGAGGCUGGAAGCCCUACAAUCUUUAAAAAAAAUUUGGACGAGUACUUCAAAUAUCAUAGCAUUCAAGAAUAGGGGACAAGUGCAGGCAACUGGGAUUAGUGCACUUUUAACGGUAGUUUAUGCAGACUCGAAGGGCUGAAGGGCCUUUUCUGCACUGUAUGAAUUGAUAAAUCUAUGUAGGCAACCUGGUCACCAGCUUUUUAAAAAAAAAUCUAGUGGCACUGGAGACAGGGAAGAUUUAUGAGGAUGAUGCUAGAAAAAUCAAGGAAGGAUUGACCAGCUGGGUCUGUUUUCUCAUGGGAGAAGGCUGAGGGUAAUCUAAUAGGGAUCUUUAAAAUGAUGAAAAGUUUGAUCGCGUGGAUACAGAGAGAAUGUUUCCUCUUGUGGGGAAGAGCAGAAUGAGAGGCCAUCAGUAUAAGAGUCUUUGAGAAAUCAGGAAUUUAGCAGAAAUGCCCUAAGCAGAAGAGUGGUGAGAAUGUGGAACUCCCCCAGAUGGAGUUGUUGAAACAAACUGUGUUCAUAUCAUGAAAUUACUACUGCCCUGAAUUAGACCAUUGAGGCCAUUGUAUCUAUCUUACCUAAAGCCUAUAGGCCUGGACAUUCGUGACUUAAAUAACCUUAUCCAAGCCCUUCUUAGUCUUUUCUUCUGCAGAGAAAAUAUUGUUACUUCUCCAAUUUAUCUAUGUAACACAAGAUUCUCAUUACCAGAACCAGUCUUGUAAAUCUUUUCAACACCCUCUCCAAUGUUUCCAUAUUGUUCCCAGUUCUCCAACAUCAUCCUUAGCUUAAGGAAGGUUGGACAUUUUGGCUGGUACCUCUACAAAUUCUGCUGUCUUCUUCCUCAGGAUCCUUCACUGCAUCUUAUCCGAACCUGUUGUCUUAUGUACAUUUAAGUGCAGCCUAUCCAUUGGUUCCUCCUUAUCUAUUUUGAAGCCUUUAAGUACAUGACAGCUUCCUGUUUCACCAUAACCUGGGCAGCAGCAUCUUCCUUGGUAAAGAGUAGGCAUAUUUAAUACCUCAGUGUGACACUUUACUCCAUAUAUAAAUUCCCUUGUUGGUCACUAAUCAAUCCCAUUCUCCUUUCACAAUCCUCUAACUAUUUCUUUAUGUACAUGUCAAAUUUUUGUUUUUUGCAGUUAAUGUGAAAGGGAAGCCCAUCUUUUCCCUUUCUCCUUCCUUGUUUUUAUUUAGGUCCCCUCCAAACUUCUAUCCUUUGUCUAGUUCAUAAUGCUCUUAUUUCACCUCUCUGUCUAAACACAAUUUUUCUUCUUCAUCUUAUUCUUACUGUGGGUUAUUCCUUGUCCUUUUCAUUAACUAACCCCAAGUUAUGAUACAAAGACCACUGUCCCCUAAAUGACCUUGCAUUGACACUUGAUUGGAUAGAAAACUGGUUGGCAGAGAGGAAAUAAGGAGCAGGAAUUAAUGGGUCCUUUUCAAAUUGGCAGGCAGUAACUAGUGAGGUGCCACAGGGAUCGGUGCUGGGAUCCCAGCUAUUCACAAUAUAUAUUAAUGAUUUGGAUGACGGAACAAUGUGUAACAUAUCAAGUUUGCAGAUGAUACCAUGUUGGGUGGGAGGAUGAACUGUGAUGAGGAUGCAGAGAUCCUGGGCAGGUUGGGUGAGUGGACAAAUCAAUGGCAGAUGCAGUAUAAUGUGGAUAAAUGUGAGGUUGUUCAUUUUGGAAGCAAAAACAAGAAGGCAGAUUACUACCCGAAUGGCUGUAAAUUGGGAGAGGGGAGUGUGCAAUGGGAUCUGGGUGUCUUUGUGCACCAGUCAGUGAAGGUAAGCAGAGAUAACAAAGUGUGAGGCUGGAU